AUGGGCCUGCUUCCUCAAACACUGCCAGUGAAAGAGAACAAGGUGCAAAUAGACUUUGGACGAUGCUUAUGCAUUCAUUCUAUGCUUCAAAUGGUCGACGUUACGAUGCAGAUCAUCUCCUUUUCUCGAGGGUUUAUUCCGCAGACCUAUCAAUUACUUUGUCGGGAUGAAAGUGUUCCAUCGAGGAAGUUUUGCGAGAAUUAUUCAAGUGUAAGUGUUUUCCUUUAUUUUCUGCCGGUUUAGGUCACUAAUGGACGCAAGAGCACUUAGAAUCCACUUAUUCUAGGCAGGAUUGUCAUAGACAAUAUAUUUUUCUUCAGAUAAUGUCGGAGCUUCGCGAAGUCUUUCGAUCAAUUAACCGGAAUCUCCUUACAAACGUCCUAGUCAUAAUUGGGAGUAAUUACUUCACUCCUCUUGAAGUUUUUGAUGUUAAAGUUGAGCCAUGCGCCAACCACGAACACGACAUCAAAUUGGAUGGAGAUGUCACAGUAACAUGUGCCCAAAAUUGUGGAGAACUUAGUCAAAGGUAUGUUUUUACUGUCUUUGUGUGUCUUUCGAAAUUUAGGGUCGGAUUUUCCGGUCUGCGUUAGUUUUCUCUGAAGAAGUCAUCUUUAUCAUGAAUAAUAUUGAAAAUAUUGCCUAAAAGAAAUCGUUUGCAGAGAACGUCGACGAAUAUAUACCUCGCUGAUCUUGGAUAAUAAUAACAACGCCCCAGGACACCGGAUGUCAAAGAACGCCAAGAUUUUCGUCAUGGUUAAAGCAAAAAACAAGUUGAACAAAACGGCCAAGGGAAUUGAAUUUGAGUAAGUAAUGGUUGUUGUGAUGUUAUGCAGACUUUAAAUUUUAUCUAAAGAUUCGUUUUAUCGAUUUUAGUCAAGACUUUGAGCCGCCAUCGCCCGAGGGGAUACGAAAACGUCAUGGGCAGAUGACUUUCAUCGAUACCGCUAAUAUUUGCGGUCUAACCGCACCGUGCAUCGAAGAAUCAACCGGUUAUUGGUACCGGCUAUCCCACUCACUCUCCUCAAUCGGGUAA